GCAUGAACUAUAUAAAAAUUGUAAAGAUGAUGAGUGUCAAAUUCUGAAGAAAUUUGCAUAAUGAGUUUGAGGCUCAAAGAAGUGACCGACUCAGAAUCGGAGACGAAGAUCCCUCGUCCUUUUAAUUCAGGAAGGCGACAGACAUUGGAUCUCGGCAAUGGAAGCGAAAUCGUCUACGUUCCCAAGUUCGUCCCCUCCGAUCAGGCUUGGACCUGGUUCGAUUUUCUCAAUCAACGCAUUCCAUGGACCAGGCCGACCAUUCGCGUCUUCGGUCGCUCCGUCCUCCAGCCUAGAGAUACUUGCUACGUUGCGAAUCCUGGACUGACUACAUUAACUUAUAGUGGAUAUAAACCUCAUGCCUAUACUUGGGAUGAUUUUCCUCCUCUUAAGGACAUUUUGGAUGCUGUCCACGAAGCUCUUCCGGGGAGUAGUUUUAAUAGCUUACUAUUGAACAGGUAUAAAGGUGGUAAUGAUUAUGUGGGUUGGCAUUCUGAUGAUGAGAAGGUGUAUGCAUUGAACCAGGAGAUUGCUUCUGUGUCAUUUGGAUGUGAACGAGAUUUCUUGUUGAAGAAGAAGCCCAACAAAACUUCUCAACGAAGAAAUGAUGAGGAACCUCCAGCCAAGAAAUCAAAGAAAAGCAGUGUGGCUGAUUCACACUCAUUUGUACUCAAGCAUGGUUCACUUUUGGUUAUGAGAGGCUACACUCAACGAGAUUGGAUGCAUUCAGUGCCUAAGCGCCUUAAGGCAGAGGCAACCCGCAUCAAUCUUACUUUCAGGCACGUUAUUGUUGAUUGAUAUUGAAGUUAUACCAGAUUAUUGUUGGAAUGCCCUUCAUAUUGUUCAAGUGGCUGUAUCUUGGAGUGGACGGCCAUUGGUUUUGUUAUAUAGCUGUUGAUGAAAAAGGUGGUCCAACGAAUAGCAAUUAUUGCCUCCUUGACGAGCUGAUGAUCGGGAGGACAGUGAGCUCUCUCUUUUACAGAAAUGUGGAAGAGAUGAAUAAUCCAUUAUCUACAAGAAAUAGAGAAUAAUUAAUGCACCAUCACUUGCAUAUGGUUACCUUUAGCAGCUCAUCUCUCCCACAGCCUGGUAACACUUGAACCUUUUUCCUUGUCCUUUCAUGUAAUAGAGGCUUGACAACCUGCGAUAUCAAAGAGAUGACAUGACUACAUCAGACAGGUGUUCAAGGCCUUAUUGCAACACACAAGGUACAAAACCAACCAAGAUCAAUCUCUUUAAUGGCUUACCUUCCAACAAGAUGAAAAGACGUAAGGUGCAUUUACAAUGUAGUAAGCAGUUGUUCUCUCUGGGUAGUUCAGAUCAUCAAUGGUUGAUAAAAUUGUCAGUAACUGCAGAAACAUGAGACAGGAGCGGUUGAAUGACCAUCAUAGAGAUUCGGAAAAUCCUUGAUUUGCUAGUUUAAAAUUGCAUAUUUAAGGUAUCAAAACACAUCAUAAGUCUUCUUUUCACUUUGCAGUAGUUUAUUAUGGAGAAUAUGUUCCUCACCAUUAUGGACUUGUUUUAAAAUAAUGGUCAGAAAGAAAUUCUUCCAGACAACAGAUUUUGUAAACAAAGUGAAUUGCUUUGAAUC